AUUGCUGACCUUCCUCCUCCUCCUCCACCACCACCUCCUCCUCUCCCCACAUCCCCUGCCAGCCCUCUUUGCCCACCAGGCCUCAACAAGUCCCCAGACCGCUUUGUUAAAAUGUCUUCGGCUCCCUUCCCACUCGUCACUGCUCAAGCUUUGCAGGGCGUCAAACUUCGCUCGGUCAAGAACCAAGAAGGCCUGACUGGUGUCAUGUUAGCCGAUUCUAUCCAGAAUCCACUAAGCGAAGAAGCUCAGCCAGAUAGGGCUGUGCUGUCUAAUGCUGAUGAUCAACCAAUUGGAACUGGACAACAAAUUGAUCCAGGUACACAUGAACCCAACAUAACUUUAGUGGGCAACUUUGAUUGCUCAACCAAUGGGUACGCAAAGCAACCUGGAUGCAAAUCUGAAAACUGCAACCUAACAAAAAGUGAUGUGAGGACACCCAACGAUAAAUCGCCUUUUGCUGAUCUUCUGAGCCAAGACGGCAUUAUCGCUAACCAGAGAAACUCUGAGCCGAAGCUAACCAAUGGCAAAACUCCUCAAGAAAUCCAGAAAAAUCAACAAGAGGUGGGAAAUCCAGAUGCUGCUCCAGCAAAUGAUCAAGUCUCCAGUCUUGAAAGUUCCUGGGUCAAAAUGUCCUAUGGUUUGGACAAAAAAUGCAUAAACACAAUCAUCCAACAACCGUUUUUGCAACAUCAAGUCACAGAUACGUUACCAGAUGCUAAGCUAACUGAGCCUGCAGAGAAACAGGGAAACUCUUCAUACUGGACCCUCUCCGAACAGAAAUAUGAGUCUCACAGAGAGAGCAGGACAAUACUGUCAGAGCGCAAAGACGAAAUGAAGACAAAGAAUCGUUCAGAAAUGUGGAAUGGUGUCACUCAUGAGGAUUCAAAGAGUGAUUUAAAACAGAGUAAGCCAGGUAGUCCAGGGAAACUCCGCUCCCCAGAGAAGCCAACCCUGCCGAAGAAGCCUGACCUCUGCAUUCUUGGUCUCAUGGAGUCCCCUGAGGUGAGACGAGGACCAGGUGGUCAAUCACAACCUCCUGCUGAUUCCUUGUGCACACCUUUGCAAGCACAUCCGCACCUGACUUGCGCCACUGCAGACAAAACGGCAACUACUAAAAGCUCAGUGUCACAAAUUUUACCUGCACACUUAAUGACCUCUGCUUCUGCACCUGCAAACACAACACCUGCCAGCAUCAGCUCACCUGGCAACUCCCCUCAUAGGCAGAAGCCACCGAUUUUGCACAAGAAGCCAGAUUUGUCACUGACUUCACCUAAAACAAACAAACCAUCUAGAAAUACAGAUGUGGCAUCCCAAGGCACUACAGGGACUGGUCGCACCUUAGGGACCACGGGGGCCUCGGGGAACAUGGAUACCACAAGGGCUAGAAACACCGUAAAUGGGACCAUGUCACGAAGUUGGGGAACCUCUGAGACCUGUGGUGCUUUCGGUAACUCAAGGGCGCAUGGAGCUACUUCCCUCCAGCGAGGGGUUACCCAAACUGCAGGAACAGACCCUUGGAUCAUCAAGACAAAUCCUCAUGAGGAUGAUGAGAAAAUAUUCCAUAACAGCAUGAUGAGGUCAUCGCUGGCUGAAGACGAGGAGGAAGACGAGAAGGAGAAGACAGGGAUAAAGACAGCGGUGAUGAUGAUGACGUCCACCACAAGGAAAAAAGACAAAGCAAGGAAGAGGAGGAAGAGGAGGCCAGGCAGGCAACUGCUGAUGAUGUCGUCAACAAUGGAGCCCUCCCACUCCUCCUCCUCAUCAUCAUCAUCGUCAUCGUCAUCUUCCUCCUCGUCUGGAGAUGAGCGAGACGUGGCGAAAAAGAGAACGAUGAGUCAGAGAGGGAGGAUGGCGACAGUGUGCAAUCAAGACACCAGUGACUCCGAGAACUCCUGCACCCUGAUUGGUCAGAGCAGGUGCUCCCUCAGCAGCGCGCUGUCCACCGACAGCCUGCGAGCGGGGUCGUCGCUUCCAGACCUCCUGAUACAAGAAGAAGAGGAGGAGCAGAGGAGCAAAGAGGGAGCAGACAGGAGGAGGGAGGCGGUGAAGGAGGACCAAGGACCUCCAGAUGCUGAUGUGUUUGUCAGCGUCUCCGCAGACCAGAUGUUUAUCUCCGGUCAACCACGGACCACGGAGGACCUGUUCGCUGUCAUCCACAGGUCUAAGAGGAAGAUGCUCGGAAGACGAGAUUCAGAAGACGGUACAAACCGUUUCCCGUCCUCCUCUUCCUCUUCCUCCUCCUCCCGUCCGGGCACCCCCGCCAACCCUUUGCCCUGUUUGACCCGCCUUAUCAUCCCCAGAGGUCAAAGGUCGGCUCGCAGCGAGAGCUUUAAGGCCCUCCUGCUGAGGAAGGGCAGUCGCUCUGAUUCGGCAUCUCGAAUUUCGGCCGUCGAACGGCUUCGCAUUCUUGCUACUCCUGCGACUACUAGCGACCUCCAGAGUGUAGCGCCGCUGCCUCCGCCACCGCCGCCGCCGCCAGAUCAAGACAAACACCCAAGCUUGUCCCAAACCUCGGACACAUGUGAUGUCCACCUCACGCCAGACAUGUCUCCGUACGAUCAGAGCUUCUCCAUGAUCGGGUUCGGAUGGGGGCGGAGGGAUCUGACGCAGACUCCCCUCCUCCUCACCUCCUCCUCCUCCUCCUCUCACUUCCUCUUCCUUUCCUCCUCCUCCUCCUCCUCCUCCUCCAUACGUCCUCGCUCCCUCACUCCUCCCUGCUCCUCUAGCCGGCGCUAUGCCGCCCGCUGCCGCCUCUACGCCGCCCCCAUGACCGCCAUCUUUGAAGGAGGAAGUGAGGAGGAGGAUGAGGCUUUCACCGGAGGAGAGUCAAGCCAGAGGUUGGUUGAGAUUUCGUGAUGUGGACUCGAUGCAUUUAUGGAGAUAGUUUGGAUUGGACAGGACGUCGUUGGAGCUGCGUGACGCCGCCUCCUCAGAUCGCAGGAGAUCUGAGCUGAACGUGAUGAUAUCGGGCUCAUGGACACGUCGCACUGCCCCCGCAAACUGAACCGAAAAUCGGACAAACCUGCUGACUGACGCAUUUCAAUGAAUGUAUUGAAGCACACUUGGAAACUUUCGAAAACUACGGAAGCCUCGAGAGGACACGCAUUUAUUUACGCCUCACGAUCAUGGAAUUAUGAUCUCAAGAAAAUCUUUCUUUCUCCGGUUAAUGUGCUUAAAUCUCACUUAUUAUCUUGCAUUUUUAUUUUUUGCUUGAUUUGUCUUUUUUCCAACUUUUACGGAAGUUACAUUUGUAUUUUAUUUGUUACAUAGAAUAUAUUUUACUGCGAUGGAGUAUUAGG